AUGAUUCAACCCUACAGAAAAUUAAGAUUCUUAGAAGGAUGUUUGAUUCCAUUUGACUGUCAUGUACAGUUUGGUCUUGAAUUCUCUGAUAAAUCUGUUGUAAAAGACUAUAUUAGAAUGGUCGAUCGUUCCUUUGCUGGCCUUCACACAAAAUUAGUUGGAAAGGAUGAGAUUGCUGAAAACAAAGAUCCUAUUACAAUCAAAAGAAUCCCAAAGUUCGCUGAUAAUUCACUUGAAUUAGCAACAACAUAUGCUUCUAAGAACAGAACACCGUAUACAGAAGCUCUUGCGACAAUGUUUGUAAGCGAUAACAAGAUUGUUGUCGACGCAUCACAUUCAGUCACCGAUGGAAUGUUUAUUAUUCAAUUAGUUGAGGCAUUACAGAACGGCAGCAUUCCAAAAGAACCUGUUACAAAGUUCUACAGCCAAGAAAGCCUCUUUGAAGAAGAAAUAAAGAACCGUCCACUCCCAGAAACAAAUGUUACAGAUUUAUCUCAUCUUAACCAUCAUUUCAAGGAAGAUGAACCACAUCACAGACCAAACCAAUUCAUCCAGAAGAUGAUUCCUUUCGAAAAACUUUCCUGCUACAAUAAAAGAACCCAAAAAGUUUCCAAAUUAACAGAAUCCCUUUGGACAUCCGAAAUGCUUGCUGCUGUUGCAAUGAAUGGCGAAUACGAUAAAUUGGGACUCAUGACUUGCGUUAAUCUCCGCAAAUCCGACAAAUUUGAUCCAUCACACCCACUUCAGAUGUCAAAUAUCGAUGUUGUAGCCGAUGCGAAGCCAUCAGAGAAGGUUGGAGACCUCGCUGCAAGAAUGCGCGAGAAUUUCGAAAGAAAGUUCCAUACUCCUGGUCUUAGACUCACACAAACAACAAAUCAGGAGGAGAUAAAGGGAUUCAAGGGAUGGGCUAAGCAAGGAAACUAUUCUUUCCUCGCUUUGUCUCAUAUCGGAAAAUUGAAAUUCAAGAGACCAAUUUCAAACGUUACAAUCCAUACAGAAAUGUUUGAAAAUCCUUAUUCCCCACAAGCUACGAUCUUUUCUCAUACAGUUGAGAGCGAAGCCGGAAGAUUCCUUAAAUACAGAUACAACUUCAUGCCAUCGCACUUCCCAGCACGUGAAGCUGAAUAUUUCGCCAAAUCAAUGAAAUUCGCUCUUCAGAACAUUAAAUUUGAUGAAAAGAUCGAAGAUGCUGUUAAAAGAAUUGUUGAAUUCCAAAGUAAGAUGUAA